GCGAUGGCGGCGCUGGGCCGCGCGUGGCGGGCGCUGCUGAGGCCCCGCGGGGCGCGGGCGGGGCCGGGCGGGCGGCGCGGGGUGCGGGCGCUGCGGCGGAGCCCCGUGCGGGUGCUGCAGCCGCAGAGCCCCCGGGAGCCCCCGCAGCCGCCCCCGCCGCCGGCCGUGGAGCGCGGCGCGGCCGCGCCGGGGCUGUGGUACGAGAAGGCGGCGCCCGGGGACCGCAGGCUGGGAAAAGUGGUGACUAUUGCCAAGUCGAAGAAAUUUCGGGAUAAUCACGGGAAGGUUCUGCUGGAGGGGCACAGGCUGAUCAAGGAUGCACUGGAGGCAGGAGCUGUGCCACAGACACUCUUCUUCAGCACCGUGGGGCACCUGAAGCUGCUGCCUGAGGCAGAGAUAAAACGAGCCAGCUUGGUUAAGGUGAAAUUUGAAGACAUUAAGACCUGGUCUGAUCUCGUAACUCCUCAGGGGCUUCUAGGCAUCUUUUCCAAGCCUGACCCUGCCAAGAUGUCCUACCCUGCAGCUCAGCUCGCCAACUCCCUGCCACUGCUCCUCAUCUGCGACAACAUCCGAGAUCCAGGGAACCUGGGGACUAUUCUGAGAUCUGCAGCAGGAGCAGGCUGUCAGAAAGUGCUGCUCACCAAAGGCUGUGUGGAUCCCUGGGAGCCCAAGGUGCUCCGUGCAGGCAUGGGGGCUCAUUUCCGUGUGCCCAUCACCUGCAGCCUGGACUGGGAGUGUGUUCCCACCAACCUCCCUGCUGGCACCCAGGUCUGCGUGGCCGACAACAACGCCCCGGCCGGCACGGCUGCCUCUGCUGCUGCCAGCCCCAGAGCUCCUGUGAAACCCAGCCCUCAGGCUGCUCCUGAGCACCAGCAUGAGGAGGGAGCAGCAGCAACCCCAGAGCUGGCUGCACAGCAUUACUAUGAGGACUGGGCCCGGGCUCCAGUGGCCGUGGUGAUCGGAGGGGAGACCCAGGGCCUGAGCCCGGCUGCACUGCAGCUGGCAGCCAGCACCGGGGGGAAGAGACUGCUCAUUCCUGUGGUGCCAGGUGUGGACAGCUUGAACUCUGCUAUUGCUGCUGGCAUCGUGCUCUUUGAGGGCAAGAGGCAGCUGCUGUGGAGGCACAAGCAGGAGGAUGACAGGCAGAAGUUGCCUGUGCCAGGCUGAAUUGCUGCGUUUGGGUGCUGAAGGAGAACCUCUUGCCUUUGGUUCCUUGAGAGUUAAUAAAAGAGCAGCUCGGGCUGUUUGGUUUGUAGUAAA